AUGACAUUGGUUUACGGCGAGGCAUCUGAUGGUCAUCUGUGUCGUUCCCGGUUGCGUGAUCUGCGCUUGACCAUGCAUACCAGAACAGGACAGUUGCUGUUUUACGAUAAAAAAUCCGACGACGACCAUUUUCAUCAGGUUCCCGCAACCUUGCGCUUGGAGCACAAGGACGAAAUGACGGUUUUCACUGAGCUGCUUGAUGCAAACGUCACUCUUUGCUCUCCACAGGUUCCACAGCUGUUUUCGGACAACUUUGAUUUUUUGACGUUGGAUGACCUCAUUCGCGAAGUACUGAUCAACGAGGAGAUUCUAGGUAAUAAAGUUCAUGUGUAUUUGAUGAAGCACGGCUAUGUGUCAUUUGUUAGGGAUUUUCACACGUAUCUGGUCACCAGCGUGAAUGUCUUAGAGAGAUGGAGUUAUCCGAUAGUCCCGGAUCGACUAUUACGCGUCAGCACAGAUAAAGAAACCCUGGUCGCCUCAUACGUAUGGAAAAAGAAGAAUGUUUAUUAUGGCGUCGGGUUUUCUGCAGCGGGCAUUGCUGGAUGCGUACUUUCCGAAUGCAUUGUUCGCAGCCACGCGCGUCUUUCAGAGGGGGUUACGGUUCGUUCUCGAUGUGUCGUUGGAGAAUAUGUAAAUCUUCAAGAAGGUGCUACAUUAACUGAAGGAAGCUUUUUGGUCAUGAGACGUUCAGUCGAUGACGAUUUAGAGUACGCUGAGACCGUGGGGCUCAGCAGUAAUCCCGAUUAUCCUCUCUUUCUGUUGACUGUCGCGCACGCGCGAAUUGAGGAAAAUGGAUAUAUAUGGCCUCCUUGGACUCCACUGAGCUGGCAUGCGAUUGCCAGUAGCAGCAGCAGCGGCAAGGAAUCCGAACAAGAAUCUGGAGAUGAGGAAGUUCGAAUCGUAGAAUGCACAUCCAAUCAGUUUCAUAUAUCUGACGCGUCUGUAGAUAAAGAUAAACAGAGUUAG